AUUCCCGCCCCUCCUCCUCCCUUCCACAUCCCUUCGUUGCAACCUCGCUACCGCCCCCUCUGCCUCUUCUUGCUUCCGUUGCGCUAGACUUGUAUCACCUCUCCUACCUACACACUCCAUCACCUUCAUGUCUUGUUGCGGCCAGCAGGGUCCGAACUCUGAUUUCAGUCCUUCCAUGGACAGUCACUUUGGGCAGGUUCCCUUCUCCCCUGAGCUGGGCUCGAGCUGCGUGGGGUACAAGGAGAACAAGCCAACACUGAAUGCAGAACUCGAGGCGGCUCUCAAGGAGCAUGGAAGGGACGGAUUUAACGUCGAGGACUUGGUUAAGGAACAGCCCGGGCUGACCUACGACGACUUUCUGUUGCUCCCUGGUCACAUCUAUUUCUCUCCGCAGGAAGUGUCGACCACCACGAGGGUCACCAAGAACAUUCGCCUCAAGUGCCCAUUUGUGUCUUCCCCCAUGGAUACGGUGUCAGAGGCGAACCUUGCUGUGGCGAUGGCUCUGCAGGGAGGGAUCGGUAUCAUCCACUAUAACUGCACGGUCGAGGAGCAAGUCCAGAUGGUGCGGCAGGUCAAGCGCUACAAAAACGGUUUCAUCACCGACCCCAUCACCCUCGGGCUGGACGCCAAGGUGAAGGACGUGAGAAGGAUCAAGGUGGAGAAGGGGUUCAGUGGAAUUCCAAUCACUGAGACGGGCAAGAUCGGAGGAAAGCUAGUGGGAAUGGUCUGCACCCGUGACAUCGACUUCGUCGGCGACGAUGACCUGUCGGUGCAAGACGUCAUGAGCAGGGACUUGAUCGUUGCCAAGGAAGGCUGCACCCUUUCCCAGGCCAACGACAUCAUGAAGGGGAGCAAGAAGGGAAAGCUUCCUAUCGUGAAUGGAAACGGAGAGCUCGUGGCUCUCAUCUCGAGGACUGACUUGCUCAAGAAUCGUGAUUACCCCAACUGCUCCGUGGACAAAACCUCGAAGCAGCUUCUUUGCGGAGCAGCUAUCGGGACGCGUCAGUCUGACUACGACCGUCUUGCCCAGCUUGCCAAGGAGCAUGUCGACAUCAUCCUUAUUGAUUCAGCCCAGGGAGAUUCAACCUACCAAGCUGACAUGGUCCGUCACAUCAAGCAAAACUAUCCUCACAUCGAAGUGAUUGCUGGGAAUGUGGUUACUAGUCGUCAGGCAGCGCACCUGAUCCAAGCUGGUUGUGAUGCUCUUAGAGUUGGAAUGGGUGUUGGAAGCAUCUGCACGACUCAAGAGGUGAUGGCGUGCGGGAGACCUCAGGCUGUGUCCAUCUAUCAAGUCGCGAGGUUCGCUAGAAGGUUUGACAUCCCCAUCAUCGCCGACGGAGGCAUCCGUUCCCCCGGGCAUAUUAUGAAGGCGCUCUCGCUCGGAGCAAGCUGUGUGAUGAUGGGAAGCAUGUUGGCAGGCACCCAUGAAGCUCCUGGCGAAUGGUUCUACCGCGAUGGCGUGCGCAUGAAGAAGUACAGAGGGAUGGGCUCCAAGGAGGCCAUGGAGAAGGGUAGCAGCACACGCUACUUGAUGAACAGCAAGUCCGGGAUCCAGGUGGAGCAGGGUGUGUCUGGCUUCGUUGCCGACAAGGGGUCGUUGCACAUGUACCUUCCCCAUUUGCACAUGUGUCUCCGACAGGCCCUGCAGGAUGUAGGCAUGCGAUCGAUCCAGGAGCUGCAUGGUGCCAUGCAGGAUGGUUCGUUGAUGUAUGAGAAGAGGACUGCCGCAGCUCAGAGCGAAGGCAAGGUUCACACUGUCCAGCAUGUCCAGAGCUAUGGACUUGCCACCACAGCUCGGUAAAGCUUCAGACGGGAAGCGUCUCGAAUAUCCUUCCACGAUCAUGGAGCUGAUGCCUUUUGAGCGCGAGGAGGAGGAAUGUGACCGGUAGGAGAAGUUUGUACAAACCCUUUGAUUUCAUCUGCAUCCAUCGCGAUAAGUCAGUGGCUGUCUCGUGUACUUUCGGUUGGCUGCAACAGUGAAAACUUGAAUUUAUCC